AUGUCGUCACAAAAGGUGGAGUUGAUUGUCAAGCUCAAGCGUGAAGCGGUCCUCUUGAAGGAUGAGAGUGAAGCAAGCUGGCGACGCCGGUUCAUCAUCCAGUAUCAGGAGUUCUGGCCCAAGCAUCUUGGUCUCUUGGCGAUUCUUGAACGCUUCCUUGCGAGUGGCAUGUUUUGGCGGUAUCAUCAGGUCUGCAGACACUCAGAGGAAGUUGUGGAACUGGUGCCCAAAGCCGUGCUGGAGGCAGAGUUCAAGGCGGAGCAAGUGGAUGGACGGGCAGAAGGUUCAGUCAGCGGUGGCCUUGCUGCAUUGCGGCCACUUGCAAGCCAGGAAUCUGCAUCAGCGGCACGUGGCAGCCUUGGGACAGACUUUCUGAUGAUCUACACAACACUGUGCCCUCAAGGCGGCCCAAAAGCGCGGAAAGGCUGCAGUCGGACCGCGGCUGAGAUGGGGAACUACUUUCCGAGCAGUCGAACUGCUCCUGGAACAGGCCGCCUCAGACUGGAAGACCCGAGCAGCCAGGACGCUGAAAGUGAGAAAGUGUUUGAGAUUGUCUCAGCCAAAUUUGCCAAGGCUCAGGUGCAGAAUGGGGCAGAUGGGGGCGAUUGGCACUUCGGAUGCUUGCCGCACGUGAACCAAAGCCAUUUCUGUUGCGGAGAUGAACUGGUUGAUCUGAGGGAGCAUGUGGAAAAAGUACUUGCAUAUCGCAAACGGGCCUUGAAUGAUGCUGCAGAUCAGAUGGACUUGCUCCACCAUGCAUCUGAAUCAAUCUUGUGCGCAGCAACACGGGAAGCUCUACAAUAUCUGAAGGUUGCAUUCAACGAGGCGCGUGUACUGGCAAUUGGUGGGCUCGAGGUCCUGAGAUUUGGUCUUCAGGACAUAUCCUGCCAGCUCUGUUGGGCAUCAGAGCCUCAGAGGUCUGCACAGAUAGCUCGGGUUUUCAGGCGUGAUCUUGAAGCUGUCAUGACCCGUCUAGGCCAUGUGCGAUUGGGAAUGAUGCAGAUACGCUCUGAGCCGUGCAUGCCCAGCUUUUGGCAAGGAAAUUGGCUUGGUGCAGCUUUUGGAGUGGAUGUGGCAGUGCGCCCGGGCCCGGGCGGUAUCUCCGCAGUACGCCAGUGGGCUGAGUCCAUGGCAGUGUCGUUCACUUCAGCAGCUGGUGAGUUUCAAGCCCUUGCCUUCAUUUUGCAGACCGCAAAAGACCAUUCCAGUGCAGCCAGGGACACGAGGUCCAUUGCACCGCAUGUGCGCGAGGUCCCUGUGCCGCGCGCAGUGGAGGCGCGCCGUGCAGCUCUCCUCAUCAGUGGCUGCGGCCAGGUUUCAUUUCCCAAAGUGGACAUCAUCACUGUGGCAAAGGCUGAUUGCGCAAGUAUUUGGCGCAAGUUCCCCUAUGCUUCUGAGGCAACAUCAGUGAUGUUGCCAGCAGCUUCAGUCCGGCUGUUCACGCAUACGGUGCCAUCCUCGUUGCAGCUGCAACAAGUGCAGCAGCUGCUGGAAGAUCCUCGCCAGCCGAUCGCAGAUGUGUUCUCGCCUGCUGCUGUCCUGCCCGCCUUCGACGCGAAUGUUCUACAGUCCCCUGACCUGCCUGCUCCGCCUGCUGGCAACAGGAGUUUGGUGUUUGUGUGCUUGCACACGACGUUUUGCGGCGGACACGGGGACCGCUUGUUCGGCCUGCUGUCAGCAUUUUUGGCUGCAAAGAUGUCUAACCGCACGUUUUACAUCGAUAUGCGGGUCACGUAUCGAUGGACGUCAGCUGAAGAUCCGGAAACGUUUGAGUCAGACGUAUUGCAGUUCCUCGCGGAUGACUCUUCAACGCUGUGUGUUGUUUCCAACGUGCGACUCUUCAAUAUUCUCCUACAGCAUGAUAGUUCCAAGACAUUUGCUCGGGCCGGGCUUCUUUCAGGGUUGUUUCUUCAUUUAUUUGCGCUCGCACCAUUGCCUGGAGUGAUCGUGCAGGAUUUUAUGCGCAAGUUGCAGGGUCGAAGGCUAAUCGGAAUCCAUUUCCGCGCGGGGAAUGAGACCACGUGGUCAGAUCCUGCGCGACAUUCCCUGCAGGAAAUUGACUUGGCAUUGACGUGCGCCGCAACGGUUGAAGCUCACAUGAGGCUACCUGGAGAUACAGUUUGGUUGCUGGCUGCGGAUACCUUGAAGUUACGCGAGCAUCCAGCUGUUGCCAGCCUACACUCCGUUGGCAAGAUUUUGUACGUUGAGGACAGACCUACGCAUAUCGACAGAUCAUCUCCUGACGUGGACGCAAUCUACCAAUCAUGGGCUGUGUGGUGGAUUUUGGCAUUUGAAUCUGAGGCUCUUUUGCUCUCCCACUCCAACUUUGGAUGGAGCGCAGCAGAGAUUGGUCAGCGUCGGUCCUUCCACUUCCCAACGUGCCGCCCUGCGGACGUCACAAGCCCAUAG